GCUCAGGAGGCCAAAACACCUCCCAGCCUCGACGGCCAGAGAUGUUAUUACCAGGGUGCAUUUCUUCCAGGUGAAGGAGCAGAUCGUUAAGGCGGGCAGGAACGGUGACCUACCUGAACCAUAUUCGGUACUGAAGGUUUUUACCAACCUGUCUGCACAAACCUUCCAAUUCCAGAAAUCCCUGGUGCAAAUCACCACCAUGCUGAGAGCGCACAAUGUCCCUUACCGCUGGGGAUUCCCUGCCAAGCUCAUAGUCCAUCAUCACAACUCCAAUCAUCCCAUCGCUUCCGUGGAAGAGGGUGUAAGGAAAUUGACCGAGUGGGGCCUACCCAGACCAGACGUACAACUGGACCCCACGGCUAAAAUCCCCAGACUGUCC